AAAAGGGCAGUCUAACUUUCCUUUUCUAAUGAUUAUAAAUAUCCUUUUUCCGUAAAAAGAAAUUAAAAGAAAAUGGGUUCGACACUAAAGCAUCUGCUUUUGCUUCUACUUGUUUUGAUUCGUCAUGUUGAUUCUGCUGCUAUAGUCAAGUCUCUUCCUGGUUUAGAAGGCCGUCUUCCUUUCGAACUCGAAACCGGGUACAUUGGUAUUGGAGAGGAAGAGGACAUACAAUUGUUCUACUAUUUCAUCAAAUCUGAGAACAAUCCAAAAGAAGACCCUCUUCUUCUAUGGUUAGAUGGAGGACCUGGAUGUUCUUCUCUCGGUGGCCUUCUUUUUGAGAACGGACCGGUGGCUUUGAAGUCUGCGGUUUACAAUGGAAGUAAUCCUUCUUUGUUCUCCACUACAUAUUCAUGGACAAAGAUGGCAAACAUAAUAUACUUGGAUCAGCCAGUUGGAUCUGGUUUCUCUUACUCAAGAACUCCAAUUGGAAAAUCUAGUGACACAAGUGAAGUUAAGAGGAUCCAUGAGUUUCUUCAAAAGUGGCUAAGCAAGCAUCCACAGUUUUUCUCCAACCCUUUUUACGUCACCGGAGAUUCUUACUCUGGUAUGAUUGUUCCGGCCCUCGUUCAAGAAAUCUCUAAAGGAAAUUAUAUAUGUUGCAAACAUCUUAUAAAUCUACAGGGUUACGUGCUCGGAAACCCGAUAACAUAUGCUGAACAUGAGAAAAACUAUCGUAUUCCAUUUUCUCAUGGAAUGUCAUUAAUCUCUGAUGAACUCUAUGAGUCACUGAAGAGAAACUGCAAAGGAAAUUAUGAAAAUGUGGAUCCACGUAACACAAAAUGUGUGAGACUUGUUGAAGAAUACCAUAAGUGCACUGACAAAAUAAAUACGCAACAUAUAUUAAUACCAGAUUGCGAUAAAAAAGGACAUGGAAUAACAUCUCCUGAUUGCUAUUAUUAUCUGUAUUUUCUUAUUGAAUGUUGGGCCAACAACGAGAGAGUUCGUGAAGCUCUUCAUGUUACUAAGGGGACUAAAGGACAAUGGCAGCGAUGUAAUUGGACUAUUCCAUACGAUAACAACAUCAUAAGCAGCGUACCAUAUCAUAUGGAUAACAGCAUCAAUGGAUAUCGAUCUCUUAUUUACAGUGGUGAUCAUGACAUCACAAUGCCUUUCCAAGCAACUCAAGCCUGGAUAAAAUCUCUAAAUUACUCCAUCGUUGAUGACUGGAGGCCUUGGAUGAUAAACGAUCAAAUCGCUGGAUACACGAGAACUUAUUCCAAUAAGAUGACAUUUGCUACUGUCAAAGGAGGUGGACACACGGCAGAGUAUCUACCAAACGAGAGUUCCAUCAUGUUCCAAAGGUGGAUCAGUGGCCAACCUUUGUAAUAGAAGGCCUCUUUUAGAGGCUUAUUGCCUGUACGUAUUACAUAUAUUAAUAUUCACGCUACGCGCAAUUCUUUUGUUUUGAGAUGUUUACAGAAAAUAGGAUAAAAAGUUUGUCCUUGACAUUUUGCCUUCCUCAGGAUUACUAUUUGGUAUCAAGGAAUCAUUUCAAACUGAUGUUAAUAACCCUGAACCAACUAUUUUACUCAUACCCUUUUUCACCAGAGAUGUAGCCGAUGUAAACCUACUUCACUCGUAAGAUGUUGAUGAGAUCUUUAAUGGAUCUAUUCGGUAUAUUUCUGUUAACAUCAGCCUUGAAACCUUAGCAAAAACAUAACUACGAUUCCACCUUCUGACUCGCCUUGAGACAUAUGAUUACAUGCCUCCAACCACUAAAGCUAUUUUUGUUGCUCAUUCGAAUUUCACCAAAACUUUACCACAGCAUUGCUGAGCUUCAUCAUGAACAAAUCGUCUUGUCAAAAGAAUCAACAACAUUGAUUUUUUGACAAAUUCUGAAACUUUGGUAUUUUUGGCAUUUUUUCCUUUGUUUACAACUUUUUUUUGGGCAAAACCUUUUUUACAACUUAAACAAAUCUUCCUUCUUGUCAAAAUAAAGACGAAUAAAUCAGUUUUUUUUUUCUGGUUUUCAUCACAAAAAUAAAUAAAUAAA